AUGAAACUUAUUCUCCUCAUGCUCUCCCUUCUCCUGGCGCCGGUCGCCGUAACUGCCUGCGAAGGCGACUGCAUCGUCGACAUCACCAACGAGUACCUCAGCCGCUACCAAAACGUCUUGCUUACGACCUUUCAGAACUUGGAAAGCCGCAGAGAGAACCCCAUCGUGUACUUCGCCCCCGUCUUGACAGCCUACAACCUUACUGCCUACAACAGUCUAGAGAAAGCCAUAUUCCCGGGUUACUUCCAUGGAAAGUGUCAAGAUGCAAACGGCGUGAACCCACCCGGAUGCCCAAAUCCCGACUGUCCCAAAGUUUGCGGCACGCCCGGCUCCAUGGUCCACUUUUACCCUACUCUCAUCAAGAUCGUAUUUGACGAGACAACCAGCCUGCUCGCCAACCUCACGGCACCGGGGAGCAAACCGUACAACCAUAUACAACAAACAAUUAUGGCGGACGUCGAUAAGGGGCAGAAGAAACGUAUGGAGAACCUAUCGCGCAUCAUGCCGUUACGCAGUCGCGCAGCGAUACAGGGGAAGAGUACUCACAGCAUUCAGCAAGGCCUGAAGAAGAUCAUGAAAGAGCUGCGGCCGACCAUGUUGGAAACAUGCGGGGGUUCAAACUUGUCGUUUUGCAGUUGGGAGCAACCCAUGAAGGAAUUCAUUUUGCAGUACCCUUGACCCCGAUUUUUCGCUCGCAG